UUGGCUUGUGAACACUGCCUGCUGAUAUGUACUCUUUUCUAUUGACAAAUUCAAUAAUAAGCUUUCAAUGUGAACGUUGUUUUGAAUGAUUCAUCAUUCGAUAGGUCGUUAUUGUUUGUACGAGGCCUGUAUUCUAUACAUUAGAUUUCUGCAUUUCCUAUUUGGAUUUCAUUUGGAAAGGUGUCAUACUGGAGACAGAUCGCAGGCAAAUAUUUAUUACAAAAUGUCGUCGCCAACAGAGAGUCAAAUGAAAGAAUUCAAGGAGGCAUUUGGUCUAUAUGACAGGGAUAAUGAUGGCUUCAUCUCUACAGAUAUACUUGGAGAGGUCAUGAGGUCAUUAGGUUCAUGUCCAACGGAAGCGGAAGUGGAGGAGUCAAUUAACAUGGAAGACCCUCAUGGUAAAGGCAAACUGGACUUCAGUACAUUUUCUCGAAUCAUGGCCCAUCAUAUCAGCCAAUCACAGGUAGAUGCUGAAGAAUUUAGAGAUGCAUUCAGAAUAUUUGAUAAAGAUGACACAGGAACACUUAGCGCAGCUGAAUUACGUCAUGUGAUGACAACUCUUGGUGAGAAAUUAACAGAUGCUGAAGUUGAUGAGAUGAUACGAGAAGCUGACGUUGGGAGUGACGGAAGGAUUAAUUAUGAAGAAUUUGUACAAAUGAUGGCUCAGGCGCAUUGAGAAAACGCAUUAUAGCCUACACAGUGCGUAUAUUAAAAUAUUCUUAUGAUACAUUUGUAAUAUUCUAAACCUUUUCCACAUGCACAUAAUUAUUGCAGGUCUAUUGACUAUCGGCAAAUCUUUCGUAUGAGUGAGCAACAUUUCAUUUUUUUUUAAAGUUCGUGAAAAUGAUUUGCGAAAAAAUAAUCAAAGCAGACUUAAAUCACGAAAAGCGCCAAUGCCCCCCCCCCCCCGCCACACACACACACAAAGCUAGAUCAUCGUGAUGAUUUACAUGUAGCAGUGUUUCUCAUGAAAUCGGAUUUGGCACGGAGUUCCUCUUCACUGUCAUGCCUGAGAAAUGUGUGAAGAAACAAGUAUUAAGU